UUUCCUGCACGAGUUCCACUCCGACUCAGAGCACCCAAAGGCGCCAUGAGCCCUACUCUCAGUGCUCUAGGGUGAGCUCCUCACCCCUCCACCCCCGAUGCAUCGGAACCUCUCCCUCGUUCGCCUACUCUUCUCCUCUCCUGCCGCCGCAUCUCUCCUCUCGCCUCACUGCUCUCUACCCUUUCUCCUCCGUUCUCUCUCCUCUAAUCCUCACCCACCUCCCUCUGCCCCCCGCCGCCGCCUUCUUCCCUCCUCCGUCUCCCCUUCCCUCUCCCCCCUCCUCAAAGAAGACGCCAUCGCCACCCUCUCCUCCCUCUGGAUAUCCAGCUUCCGCAAUCCCUCUUCUACAAUCACUUCUCUCUCCGACCACCUCACCCGACCCGAACUUUGGAUUUUGUCCUAUCAAAAGGUCUACGCCGACGAGACCGGCUCAUACCUCCCCAAAUCCUCCAUCUCCCACACUGCUCUCGAUGACAUCCUAGUCCUCCGCAACGCCGUUCUUGACGGUCGUUUCCGCUGGGGAGCCCGCCUCGAGUUCUUUAUCCGUUCCCCACGCGACAAGACUGAUCUUUCCUCCCUCUCCAAGCGCAAGAUUCGUGCCCUCCUCACUAACCCCCAACCUUCCCCUUUCCAGGACCGAAUCGUACAGGAAGUUCUUCUUUUUCUUCUCGAACCCGUCUUUGAGGCGAGGUUCUCGCAGAAAUCAUACGCCUUUCGCCCUGGCCGCACUGCCCACACCGUCGUUCGCACCAUUCGCCGUAGCUUUGCUGGGUAUCUAUGGUAUUUGAAGGGUGAUCUUAGUACGAUUCUGGAUGGCGUCAAGCCUGGAUUGGUUCUCAGCGCUCUCAUUCGGGAGGUUAGGGAUAGAAAGAUUGUUGAUUUGAUCAAGUCAGCGCUUGUGACUCCUGUGGUUACUGGCAAUCCUGCCGAGGAUGAAGCGAAGAAGAAGAAGAAGAAGCGCAAGUAUCAGAAAAAGCGUGUUUUGGCAGAGGAUGAACCGAAGCCUGAUCCAUACUGGCUCCAAUCCUUCUUUGGUUUUGCACCAGCGGAGGCCGACAAGUAUCCCAACUGGGGCCAUUGCGGGGUUCUCAGUCCCUUGCUCGCAAAUAUUUGUCUUGAUGAAUUGGAUAAGUGGAUGGAGGGCAAAAUCAAGGACUUUUAUAAGCCAUCUAAGGCUGAUGUUAUUUGGACAGGGGAGGAGGGAGACAUAGAGCAAGGGAACACCUCGUGGCCAGAGUUUGUGCCGACAAGUGGGCCGGACAAGACGAGGAAGAUGGACUAUAUUAGGUUUGGAGGGCACAUUUUGGUUGGUGUGAGAGGUCCUCGUGCUGAUGCUGCUGAAUUGAGAAAGCAACUUAUUCAGUUUUGUGAUCACAGAUUUCAGCUUAAAUUGGAUAAUGAGAGUGUUCCAAUUGAGCAUAUUACUAAGGGGAUCAUGUUUCUUGACCAUGUGUUGUGCCGCCGGGUUGUGUAUCCUACUCUCAGGUAUACUGCAACUGGAGGUAAGAUCAUUAGUGAGAAGGGUGUGGGCACACUAUUGUCAGUGACUGCAAGUUUGAAGCAGUGCAUAAAGCAGUUCAGGAAACUAGAAUUCUUGAAGGGUGACAGAGACCCAGAUCCUCAGCCUUGCUUUCGAAUGUUCCAUGCUACUCAGGCACACACUAAUGCACAGAUGAACAAGUUCUUAUCAACAAUGGUGGAAUGGUAUCGGUAUGCCGAUAACCGCAAAAAAGUUGUCAACUUUUGUUCUUAUAUUAUCCGGGGAUCCUUGGCAAAGCUCUAUGCUGCUAAAUACAAGCUUCGAUCUAGAGCUAAAGUGUACAAGAUUGGUGCAAGGAAUCUUCAACGGCCAUUGAAGGAUAAGAAGGGGCAAUCACCAGAGUACAACGAGUUAAUGAGGAUGGGCCUUGUGGAUUCUAUUGAGGGACUUCAGUACACGAGAAUGUCCCUUGUACCAGAGACAGAUUACACACCAUUUCCAAGUAGAUGGAAGCCAGAUCAUGAGAAUUUUUUAUUAGAGUAUAUCAAGCUUGAGGACCGGAAGACUCUUGAUGAGCAAAGGAAAUGCAUUAGGGAAGAGGGGCUCAUAACCCCUCAGGAAUACGUUUCAAUGCUUGUGUGGAAUUACAAGAAGAAUGCUGUAAUGUUACCUCCAUUAGGAGAAAAUGAUGCCCAGAAAGCUAAGGAAGAGCUGUUGGGCUUAACUCAUGACUCUGAAAAUAGGAUAGGUGAUGAUGAUGUGAGUGGGCAUAUCUUGCAGGCUGCGCAGAUGUGAGAAGGGUUAAAUGUUCGAGCAAAGUCGUAUGGAAGGAUUCGGUUGCAAGUCACUUUGCAAGUAGCGAAGCCAAUAGAUGUAUGUGCCCAUGUAAUUUAUCUAUGAUGCACUGUUAAUUUAUGUGCCAUAGUCAAAAUUUUGCUUAUUCGUUCUAGUCUUAUUUUAUCCUGACAUCCAUAGAUGAAAUCCAUGCUGCGUUCUUUAUUUGAUAAAUCUUCUGUAUCAAAUAUUAUUGCUUAUUCGUUAGUCUUAGUUUAUCUCCUUAAAU